AUGAGGGCUUCGGGUCUCCUGUGUUGGCUUCUCCUCUCUCUGGAUGUCCUGCCGCUGGCGGUGUCCGGACUCGGUGCUGACCCCCCGCCGCCGCCGCCGCCCCGGGACCAGCGCGCGCCGGGCGGCCCCCGCCCACCGCCCCCGGGGGACCGGCGCUGCCCGCCGGCCGUGCCCGGGGCGAGGAGGAGCCGCCGGUCGCUGCCCGUCCACCACCCGCUGGGCAGCGGCUUCCAGGCUGCCGAGAGCGGGGGGGCCGCCGACCCCCGCCCGCCCGCCGCCUGGGACGGAGCUGCUCCCGGCGGGCCGGGACCGGCCCGCGGGCCGCUCCCCCCGGCAACACCGGCCACGGCGGCCACGGCGGCCACGGCGGCGGCGACCGUCCUGCACUUCAGCGGCCGGAGGGAGCAGCUGGAGAGGCAGCGCCGGGCGGACCUCCCGCGGGGACCCUUCACCGCCGAACUGUGGCUCAAGCCUCAGGGGGGACAGAGCAGCCCCGCCAUCAUAGCGGGGCUUUUUGAUAACUGUUCCCAUUCGCUCAGUGACAAGGGGUGGAUAAUUGGCAUUCAAUCGGUGGAAUACUUGGGAAACAAGGACCCACGCUUUUUCUUCUCUCUGCGGACAGACAGAGCUAGAAAAGCCACCACAGUCUUUGCCCACCAGCGUUAUCAUGUCAACACUUGGACACACGUUGCUGCCUCUUAUGAUGGCCAUCACAUGAUGCUGUACGUGAAUGGGGCCAAAGUUGGAGGCAGCACUGGACAGUUGGGGAAUCUACACAGUGCGUUCAUGAGCUCUUGCAGGACAUUGAUGAUCGGUGGAGACAACUCUAACUCCGGGCACAAUUUCCAUGGUUACAUGGCCAGUUUCAGUCUCUGGAAAACUGCAAAGCCCCAAGAACAAUUCAAAAGGGACUAUUAUCAAAGCGUACAGGAAGAUGAGUCUUCCUUAAUUCUACGUGCAGAUUGGUCUAAAAUGGAAGAUCACUGGAGACCAGGUAAGGAUAGUCAUUAUCCAAUUUGGAUCUUUAUGCGUUUACCAAAGCCAGAGCUAGUUUCUCCUCUGACCCCACCACCAUGCGGUCUCACAGUCUGUGACAAUGUAGAGAUAAUCAAAAACUACAAUAGCUCCUGGUCACUCCGGGCAAAAAAGACAAUCCAAUACAGAGUCAUUAAUAUUUAUGACAGCAAUCGGCAAUACCCUACUGUUACCAAACAACAGAUUGAACUCCAGCACCAGGCACUGAACGAGGCCUUCAGCAAGUACAAUAUCACAUGGCAACUUUCCAUCACUGAAGUCCUGAACACUACCAUCCGGAAUCGAGUUAUUCUGGUGAACUGUGAGAAGAGUAAAAUCGGGAAUGAUAACUGCGAAUCUGAAUGCGAUCAUCCUUUAACUGGAUAUGACGGAGGAGACUGCCGCUUUCAAGGAAGGUGCUACGUUUGGAAAAGGGGAGAUGGGAUCUGUAACAUGGAAUGUAACAACGUCCUGGAUGACUUUGAUGAUGGCGACUGCUGUGAUCCCAGUGUUACAGACGUGAGGAAAGCUUGUUUUGAUCCAGAUUCUCCAGAAAGGGCCUACAUGAGUGUGAAGGAACUGAAGGAAACACUACUGAUCAAUGGUUCUGUGUACCUGAAUGUUUAUUUUGCCAACUCUGUACGAGAGGAGUUGGCAGGGGCUGCCACCUGGCCGUGGGAUAAAGAAGCACUGAGCUACUUGGGUGGGGUCGUCCUAAAUCCAUCCUACUAUGGAAGGCCUGGCCACACAAACACGAUGAUUCACGAGCUUGGUCAUAUUCUGGGCUUGUACCAUGUCUUUAAGGGUGUGAGUGAAAAGGAGUCAUGCGAUGACCCAUGCCGAGAAACUGUGCCUUCCUUGGAGACUGGAGACCUCUGUGCUGACACCGCACCAACUCCUAAAAGUAAACUCUGCCGGGAUCCUGACAUAGUAAACGACACUUGUGGACCAAUGCAAUACUACAAGACCCCAUUUAACAAUUACAUGAGCUAUACAGAUGAUGGCUGCACUAAUAACUUCACACCAAACCAGGUGGCUCGUAUGCACUGUUAUUUGGACCUGGUUUAUCUUGGAUGGAUCCACUCUAAAAAGCCAUCUCUCGCUCCCAUUCCUGUGGCCCCAGAAGUGAUAGCACAGACAGUAAACUCUGUCACCAUUCAUUGGUUGCCUCCAAUUAGUGGGAUGCUCUACGAAAGAGAGGUGGGAACGCAGUGUGGAGAUUGCAGUGAAGAUGGGACAUUGUAUCAGUAUGCACACACAGCCUCGUCCCCUCGUGUCUGUGAUUCCUCUGGUUACUGGACCCCUAAAGAGGCUGUGGGUAAGAAUUUCAUAAAAAAAAAAAUUGAACUGUUAGGUCUCUUUGCUCAUCUAACAUACUCCCAACUCUUAUUUACAGAAACGUCACUCACGUGCAACAAUGGGAAAUGGGACAGAACUGUGACCUGUGACCCAAUUAACUGUGGAAUUCCUGACCAAUCCCAUGUUUACUAUGCCAGAUUUUCCUGUCCCAAAGGCACCACUUUUGAAAAGCAAUGCAUCUUCUCCUGUAACCUGCCAGCUAAACUGCAAGGAGAAAACCACUCCCUGAUGUGUAUGGAAGAUGGCCUGUGGUCGUUCCCCGAGGCCUACUGCAAGGUGGAAUGCAUUGCUCCACCUCCAAUAGCCAAUGCCAAGCUGCUGGUUCCCAGAUGCCAACAAGGAGGCCACGACGUGGGUUCGGUUUGCAGAUAUAAAUGUAAACCUGGGUAUUAUGUCCACGGGAGUAACAGAACAUCCAAAAAGCGCUUCUUGAAGCUGCGGUGUUUGGAGGGAGGCCAAUGGGAGUCGGGCAGCUGUAACCCCGUUCUGUGUAACCCGCCUCCUCCAGUGUUCAAGGGAAUGUACAACUGCACGAAUGGGUUUGAGUUUGACAGCCACUGCACACUUAAUUGCAACGGCCAAGCUGACGGGGUCCCGAUCCGCUGUAGCAAAGAUGGCACCUGGACAGAGGAAUUCCGACUGUGCGAGCACGUGCACGGGGACUGUCCACCUCCACCAGAGGUGAACCUAGUGGAGUACUCUUGUAAUGAAGGUUACGCAAUAGGUGUUACCUGUGCUCUCUCUUGUGUGAUACCCCCCACUGAUGCAGUAGUAUUACCCAGCAAUGUUACUGCUGACAACAUGGAGCACUGGAUGGAAGCAACCAAAGUACAGAAUAUAGUGUGCACAGGGAUACUGCGAUGGUACCCUGAUCCCCAUCUCAUCCACUGCAUCCAAUCGUGUGAGCCUUUCCAAGGAGAUGGCUGGUGUGACACAAUCAACAACAGAGCAUACUGUCAGUACGACGGAGGAGACUGCUGCCCUUCAACCCUAUCUUCCAGAAAGGUCAUUCCAUUUGCUGCUGACUGCGAACAACAGGAAGAAUGCACAUGUCGGGACCCGAAUGCUGAGGAGAACCUUCAGAAACAAAGAGGGCUGGAAGUGCACUAACACCGCUGAAAGUGGAGGAGGGAUGGGAGCAGACACAACAGCACAAUUCAGACACGGAUGCCCCAGCCUCGGACUGGCACCAUCCCAAACAAACAUGUACCAUAUUUUUUUAUACUCAGCCAUAGUGAGGGAGAGGGAGGGAGGAGCAAUGAGGGCAUUGUUCAUUUCCAGAAAAGACAAAACACGGCAGUGUUCUGCAGUCUGCCCUUCAUUUGCCUUUGAGGUUAUGUGCAAUGAUUGAAUGCUGUUAUCACAUUUGAGAAAUGCCUCUCUUUGCAAGAUGCUAUACGUGGUCUAAAGUGAGCAUGAUAUUCAGUUUCGUUCAGUGACGGCAAGAAAAGCCGGGUGGUAAGGUCCCUGCUGUGUAGUUGCGCACUCCUUUAAGGUGAUUGAGAGUGUUCAGGUGCACUGCCAAGUUCAUCCUUAUACUUAAUCCUCGUUCUGCCUGACCCAGAUGCUCUCUACAACUGCAAACAUUCCACUUCCCCCCAAAGUGGUCAACCUUAAAAAUAACCUUCACCUCAAUGAACGAGCCACACUGAUAGAAUGCUUUGUGUCCACGAUGAAGCCUCUCAGAAUGCUGAUAUUUACCACAAAAUAUUGCUGCCCACUCUUACUGCGAACGAGAAGCAGUAGGUUUAUAUUUUGGGGUGAGCAAGGGGGGAAAUCAUUUAAUGUUGAACUGCUACUGACCGGAAAAGACUGUCAAAGGAAUUCAGUUUUCUUUCACUAAAUUCUACUCCAUUUACAU